AUGAUCAAGGAAGCUAUACUUGCUUUGAAAGAUAGAUCUAGGUCAACUCCAAUUGCUAAGUACAUGGAAAAUAAACACAGUAAAAAUUUGCCUGAAAACUAUAAUAAACUUUUGGCUGUUCAAUUGAAAAACUGUACUGCUAAUGAGAAAUUGUUCAAGAAGAAACCAGAAACUAAACCUAAAGUUGAUGCUGCUGUUGUUACAAAAGCCAAGGCUGGAAAGAAACCUGUAUCUACUGCUGCUCCAACAAAGAAGAAGGUUGCAACUGCUGUUUCAAAGGAAGCUGGUUUGAAGAAGAAACCUGCUGAUGUUGUCCUUGCUAUUGCUGCACCACAACAUAAGCGGAUGAUUGAAACUGCACAACAUUUCUGCUUGUUCCAUUGGAGAGUUAACUGUGUCAAGUGCUUAAUUGUUAGUCAAACUAAUAAACCUGACUUGGGGUUAUAA